AUGUCUGGAGCGAGAAAGAGGUCUUUUCCUUUCAAUGGCCUCGUCUCAAAAGCUGCCACUCGUGGCUUAGCCACUGUCACCGCUCAAACAACACAGCCAGCUAUGAUGAUGGAAGACCACAACACUAGACUGAUCAACAUGGGCUACAACUACAACUACAUCGAACAUGUCGAAAACCUCGAACAGUACCGCCUUGGAGGCUUCCACCCCGUAUCCCUAGGUGAAACCAUCAACAGCCGCUACCUGGUCCUCAACAAGCUCGGCCACGGUGGAUACUCAACUGUCUGGCUCUCAUGGGACAUCUUGAAACAGAAGUAUGCCGCAUUGAAGAUUGUACUAGCAGAUUUCGGUGAAGACUCAACAGAAGUCGAUGUCCUUCAGCGUCUGGAAGCCAACGCUGGGAAGAAACAUCCUGGAAGGUCCCUCAUUAGACAUGUCACCGAUAACUUUCACUUCGAUGGUCCCAAUGGAAGACACACCUGUCUGGUUAACGACCCGGCGAUGAUGUCGCUACGCCUUGCGAAGGACGCCUCUUUCACAAGACUCUUUCAGCCACGGACUGCCCGAGCCAUCGCCGCUCAGGUUGUGCAGUCCAUCGCGUACCUCCAUGAGGGCGGUGUAGUACACGGCGACCUCCACCUCGACAACAUCUUGCUCCAGCUUCCGGACCGAAUCAAGCAACUAUCACCAGAUCAGCUUCAUGAGCGACAUAGUCAUCCAACGACAGUCCCUGUGACGAGACUCGACGGACUUCCUCUUGACGAAAAUGCACCGCGAAACGCUGUGCUGCCAAUCUGGCUUGGCCAAAAGAGCGAGGAUGUAGCUCUGGCAGAUGCAAAGAUCUUACUGGGCGAUUUCGGCGAGUCCUAUUUACCAAGUCAAGAAAAGCGCCAAUAUUCCAACGCUCCGAUUCGCUACCGGGCACCCGAAACUCAAUUCCCCGAUGUGUGUCAACCUCUCUCGUUCAGCUCCGAUAUUUGGAGUCUUGGCUGUCUCCUCUGGAACAUCGUCGGACAACGCCCGCUAUUCGACGCCUGGACCCUCUCAGAAGAUGACAUCCUCCAAGACCAAAUUGACCUUCUUGGUGAAAUCCCAGAUGAGUGGUCUGCCUACGGCGCUAAGCGAUCAGAGUACUGGGUCGAGGACGUCGAAGAAGAGGCGUCCACACAAGCCACUACUCAGGGCGGUUACACAUGGGAUGACCGCUUUGAGCGCUGUGUACAACAAGGACGAAAGGAGAGCGGCAUGAAGCCCAUGUCAAGGGAUGAGAAGGACGCUUUUAUUGAUAUGAUGAAGAAGAUAAUUACCUUCCGCCCUGAGGAUAGGAUAACAGCUAAAGACCUACUGGAGUCACGAUGGAUGAAACAGUGGGCAUUGCCGGAGCUGAAGAAGCUUGCAGCUUCAUGA